CCUCCCGGCUUUCCGUUCUUCCAGGCCCGGCUGACUGAGAUAACCGAGGCCGCCAUAUUGAAUACGAAACCCGGCCUCUGAAGGAGUCGGCGGGUUGUAGACAAUUCUGCACCUCGGCGGCUCCAGGGAGAAGCAAUAUGUUAAGGAUACCUGUAAGAAGGGCCUUAGUGAGCCUUUCUAAGUCUCCUAAAGGAUGUGUUCGAACAACUGCCACAGCAGCAAGCAACUUGAUUGAAGUAUUUGUUGAUGGUCAGUCUGUCAUGGUGGAACCAGGAACUACCAUCCUCCAAGCUUGUGAGAAGGUUGGCAUGCAGAUCCCUCGAUUCUGUUAUCAUGAAAGGUUGUCUGUUGCUGGAAACUGCAGGAUGUGCCUUGUUGAAAUUGAGAAAGCUCCUAAGGUUGUAGCUGCUUGUGCCAUGCCAGUAAUGAAAGGUUGGAAUAUCCUGACAAACUCAGAGAAAACUAAGAAAGCAAGGGAAGGUGUGAUGGAGUUCUUACUAGCAAAUCACCCACUGGAUUGUCCUAUUUGUGACCAGGGAGGUGAAUGUGAUCUGCAGGACCAGUCCAUGAUGUUUGGAAGUGAUAGGAGCCGGUUUUUAGAGGGGAAACGUGCUGUGGAGGACAAGAACAUUGGGCCGUUGGUAAAAACCAUUAUGACUAGAUGUAUACAGUGUACUCGGUGCAUCAGAUUUGCAAGUGAGAUUGCAGGAGUAGAUGAUCUGGGAACAACAGGCAGAGGAAAUGAUAUGCAAGUUGGCACAUACAUUGAAAAGAUGUUCAUGUCUGAACUUUCUGGGAAUAUCAUUGACAUCUGCCCUGUAGGUGCCCUGACCUCUAAGCCCUAUGCCUUUACUGCUCGGCCUUGGGAAACAAGAAAGACGGAAUCCAUUGAUGUAAUGGAUGCAGUUGGAAGUAAUAUUGUGGUCAGCACAAGAACUGGAGAGGUAAUGAGGAUUUUGCCAAGGAUGCAUGAGGACAUCAAUGAAGAGUGGAUCUCUGAUAAAACCAGAUUUGCCUAUGAUGGGCUAAAACGUCAAAGACUUACCGAGCCGAUGGUCAGAAAUGAAAAGGGGCUUUUAACAUACACCACCUGGGAGGAUGCACUCUCUCGUGUAGCUGGAAUGUUGCAGAGUUUUCAAGGCAACGAUGUGGCAGCAAUUGCAGGUGGCUUGGUGGAUGCUGAAGCCCUAGUAUCUCUCAAAGAUUUACUUAAUAGAGUGGACUCUGACACCCUGUGCACUGAAGAGGUCUUCCCUACCACAGGAGCUGGCACAGAUCUACGUUCCAAUUAUCUUCUUAAUACUACAAUUGCCGGUGUGGAAGAGACAGAUGUUGUCCUCCUGGUUGGUACAAAUCCACGUUUUGAGGCACCGCUAUUUAAUGCUAGAAUUCGAAAGAGUUGGCUUCACAAUGACUUAAAAGUGGCCCUUAUAGGCAGCCCUGUUGAUCUCACUUACAGCUACGACCAUCUGGGAGAUUCUCCCAAAAUUCUUCAAGACAUUGCUUCGGGCAGCCAUCCUUUCAGCCAGGUCCUAAAGGAAGCUAAAAAACCAAUGGUGGUUUUAGGCAGUUCUGCACUCCAAAGAAAUGAUGGGGCAGCAAUUCUUGCAGCUGUUUCCAACAUUGCUCAAAAGAUUCGGAUGAGUAGUGGUGUUACUGGUGAUGGGAAAGUUAUGAAUAUCCUUCAUAGGAUUGCAAGCCAAGUAGCUGCUUUGGACCUUGGCUAUAAACCUGGGGUGGAAGCAAUUCGGAAGAACCCUCCCAAAGUGCUGUUUCUCCUGGGAGCAGAUGGAGGUUGUAUUACUCGACAGGAUUUGCCAAAGGAUUGUUUCAUUAUUUAUCAAGGACAUCAUGGUGAUGUUGGAGCUCCUAUAGCAGAUGUUAUUCUCCCCGGGGCUGCUUACACAGAGAAGUCUGCUACUUAUGUCAAUACUGAGGGCCGAGCUCAGCAGACUAAAGUAGCAGUGACACCUCCUGGCUUGGCAAGAGAAGACUGGAAAAUUAUAAGAGCCCUUUCUGAGAUUGCAGGUAUGACUCUUCCAUAUGAUACUCUGGAUCAAGUAAGGAACAGAUUGGAAGAAGUCUCUCCUAAUCUUGUUCGAUAUGAUGAUGUCGAAGGAGCUAAUUAUUUCCAGCAAGCAAAUGAGCUUUCCAAGCUAGUGAACCAACAGCUUCUUGCUGAUCCACUUGUUCCACCUCAGCUGACAAUAAAAGACUUCUACAUGACAGAUUCAAUUAGCAGAGCCUCACAGACAAUGGCUAAAUGCGUCAAAGCUGUCACAGAGGGUGCCCAUGCAGUAGAGGAACCAUCCAUAUGCUGAAACAUCUACUAGCACCCACACUGUUGCUGACCUCAGGGGGGCAAACACUUUCAGUUUUGUGUUUUGCACAGUACUCUUCAAUGAAUGAGUGUAGACUUCAUAGGAUUCUCGGUGAGGGAAUAUUGCAUUCAAAUGGAGAAAAGGUGAUGUAUAACUAAGAUGGUCCAGAAUCCUAAGGCAGCAUGUGUUGAACUUGGAAUUCUGUAAAGAAUACCUUGUUUGGGCUAAGUGGUACUCAAUAAAAUUUGUUGGCUUUUACAUAAAGUAAACAUGAAAGUCUGUCCCAUGGGCACCUAUUAGUCACUUAAUGCUAAAUAUUAAGGUUAUUGUGACCAUAAACAUUGAAGAUGGUUGCAAGACUUUCUGAAGAAGAGAUCCAGAUAGAAGAAAAAUACAUAUAGAUGAGAAGAAUAACAGCUGAUGUAAUUUUGAUUCUAAGCAACGAUGGAGUCAACAAUGAGAAAUCUACAAAGUAUCAAGGCCAAGUCCUUUUAGGUGAAGACGGCAAUCUGGAAAGACCCUGGAAUAAUAAAUAAUACCAUUUAGAAAAGAUAUUCUAAUACGUGCCAUUAAAGCUUUAAGUACAUUGUGUCUAAUUUUCACAAAACCCUGCUAACAAUCGGUAUUAAGACCCAAGAAGUAUCAAAUAACUUGCCCAUUGUUACCCAGUUAAAGACUAAAGGCAAGAAUGUUUAAUUAGAGAUAUUUUUUACUGUCCCAUUUUGCCUCAGAAAACCUUGUGGACCACUAUAAGAAUUGAAUAGAUAUACAGGAAAAUUUUUAAAGCCUAAACUUCAUAC